AUGUCGUCUAAACAGCUGGACCCUCUGUCGGUGGAGGAGCCUUCAGGAGGCGGAGAGGAGCAGAGCGGAGCCGCCGGAGGGUGGCGCCCCGAGCCUCCGGUUCCAGUGAAGCUGCUUCCAGCUCACAGUGACUCAGUAACAGCAGCUCGAUUCUGCUGCAGCGACAGAUUCAUCCUGAGCUGUUCCUCAGACUGCAGCACCAUCCUCUGGGACGUGGACAGCUGUCGACCUCUCAGGACGUUUGAUGCAGUCCACAGUAAGACCAUCAGCAAGGUCGCUGUGAUCCCCAACAGCAACAGGAUGGUGACGGCGUCCUGGGACCAGAAGAUGGCGCUCUGGGAUCUGGAGACGGGACUCACUCUGUGGAAGUCGAGGCAGGCCGGCCUGCUCACCUCCUGCAGCUCCUCCUCCGACGGCCGGCUGCUGGUUUGUGCUGCAGAUCCUCAGAACGUAGUUUUCAUCUGCGACGCCUCCAGCGGACAGACGCUGCAUCACGUCAGCGAUCACCACCAGUCCACCGUCACACAGUGUCGCUUCGACCCGCAGAGCCAGAGAGUCGCCUCGGUGUCUGCAAACUGAAGCCUCAAACUGUGGGACUUGCUGGCUCAGAAAACCACCGUGUCCAUGGACAGUAACCAUGGCAACGUGGUCUCCGACUGCUGCUUCACCAGCAGCGGGCGCUUCAUGUACACGGCCUCCUGGGAUAAAACGCUGAAGCUGUGGGACCUGCAGGCUGGAGGGUUCCGAACCCACGGCGGGACAACGCUGGCGAGAGGCCACGAAGGCAGCGUGAGCUCCUGCAGCUUCUCUGCUGAUGGUAAGGCCUCUGAGCAAGGCAGCAAAACCAGCCAGCGCCCCUCAGAACCAGCCGGUUCUGACGGGACGGUUCGGUUGUGGGACAUUGAGAACAUGAAGGAGAUCCCAGACUUCACGCAGAAUAAGAAGACUGAAGGAACCGAAACCCACAUCCUCAAGUGUCAGGACUGUGGGAAGCCGUUUCCAGGCUCCAGGCUGCGGAGCUCCGAGCUGCCGGCGCUCUGCGUCUUCUGUCGGCUCAGAACUCCAUCCAGGUACUGACUAAAGCCGCCGCUCAUGUGA